GCAGCGCCCGCACGCUGGUAUGCAGUUGAUGUAACUUGCGCCGUGACUGCCGCACAGCAACCGCGCGAAACCACAAAGCAAGACCUCCAAUGCCAUAGCUCCAUCCCGUGUGUCUUGCACGUUCACUCACUCAAGACAAUGGCGGCCCCUCCGGAGCUGCAAGCAAAGCUGCAGGAACUCGACAACGAACUCGCGGAAGGCGAUAUCACGCAGAAGGGCUACGAGAAGCGACGGACGGUGCUGCUGUCUCAGUACCUGGGCCCCGAAGAGGCCGACCGAAUACUGCGACACUCGCGCAUCUCCUCGCUCGGCUCCGAGAAUGGAAGCUUUGCAGGCCCUAAUAACAGAGACUCCGGCCCUGGCGGCCGAUCUGCCAGCUUCGCCGCCUUGACUGGCCUUGAUAUGCAGCAAAGGCCGCUGACGCCGUCCGGGGGCAUGAGACCGCCGACGGCAGGCCCUGCUGGAGGCUAUCCUGCAUUGCAACCACCUAGCCAAGUCGGGCGUUUCCACGAGAGAGAGGCCGGAGCAGCACGGUCGAUGCAAGGGCAGCCCUCCUUCCCGCGAGAAUCGUACAUGCCAGACAGGCCGCUGACGCCGACCGCUUACAACUACGAUUCGCGGGCGGAGACGAUGAUGGGUGACUUUAGAUUCAACCCUGCGCAACAAGCUGGAUAUCAAGAAGGAGACGACAACUUUGGCAGCCCUGGGAGACAAAGCAGGCUAAGCACCAUGCUGGAUUCACAGCAGGGUUACUUCAGCGACUUCGCGGGCCCUGGCGAAGGCGAUACAAGAGAAAGCUACGGGGGCGGAAACAGCAGAUACUCCGUCGAACCCUUCUCUCCGAGCGCAGCGAUUCCUCCGCCCCCAAUGGAGCUGCCCGGCGGAAUGGUGCAGAGCAUGAAUCCGCUAGAGCCGCGAGACGUGCCUUUCGACGCCUUCGAUCCACAUAACGGCAAUGUGCCCAUGAGCAAGUUUGAUAAUCUGGGGGCGGUCUUACAACACAGAGGGAAGGCGAACGGCAGGACACCAGCGUACUGGGUUCUGGAUUCCAAGGGCAAAGAAAUGGCCAGCAUCACGUUCGAGAAGCUGCAUUCGCGAGCGGAAAAGGUGGCUCAGGUCAUCAAGGACAAGAGCAAUCUUUACCGUGGAGAUCGAGUGGCGCUGGUAUAUCGCGACUCCGAGAUUAUCGACUUUGCUGUCGCUCUCUUAGGAUGCUUUCUUGCUGGCGUCGUCGCAGUUCCCAUGAACAAUGUGGAAGACUAUCAGAAACUAAGCCUCCUGCUCACGACAACGCAAGCCCACCUCGCCCUGACCACUGAUAACAAUCUAAAAGCCUUCCAAAGAGACAUUAGCGCUCAGAGGCUAAAGUGGCCGACUGGAGUGGAGUGGUGGAAAACAAAUGAAUUCGGAAGCUAUCACCCCAGCAAGAAGAAAACCGAAGGCACACAACUCCCCGCCCCUGACCUAGCAUACAUCGAGUUCUCUAGAGCACCGACUGGGGACUUGAGAGGUGUAGUACUGAGUCAUCGUACCAUUAUGCAUCAGAUGGCGUGUCUCCAAGCCAUUCUUUCGACAAUACCUACGGGCAGCCAACAGGACACUUUCAAUCCUAGCUUGCGCAAUGCGAACGGAUCCUUCAUCAUGCCUGUGUCCAAAACAGGGGGUGAAAUCAUCCUCUCCUACCUUGAUCCACGGGAAGGAUGCGGCAUGAUCCUAGGUGUACUUCUCGGCGUGUAUGGAGGCCACACCACCGUCUGGAUGGAGGCCAAGACCGUCGAAACGCCGGGCCUAUAUGCCCACCUAAUCUCGAAGUACAAGGCCACUGUCAUGGUAGCGGAUUACCCCGGUCUCAAACGUGCGGCGUACAAUUACCAACAGGACCCAAUGGCGACGCGCAAUUUCAAGAAGGGCAUCGAGCCGAAUUUUUCAAAGGUUAAGAUAUGCCUGAUAGAAACGCUGACGGUCGACUGCGAGUUCCAUGAGAUUCUUGCGGACCGAUGGCUGAAGCCGAUGCGUAAUCAGAGGGCGAGAGAGCUCGUCGCGCCGAUGUUGUGUUUGCCCGAACAUGGCGGCAUGAUUAUCUCGGUGCGAGACUGGCUAGGUGGGGAAGAGAGAAUGGGUUGCCCACUUAGCUCGCUCGAGCAAGAUGAAGAAGAAGAUAACAAGGCCGAGGAGAAUGGCGUGCAAAACAGUGGUGGAUAUACGUCUCUGAUCGGUGGCGGUACUUCCGUAAAAGUUGAUAAAAGAAAAUCACGUACGAGCCUGACGGAGGUGCUUCUCGAUAAGGAAGCCUUAAAGGUCAAUGAGGUCGUAGUGCUGGCCACCGGCGACGAGGUCGAGCGAAGAGCCAACGAACCUGGUGCCCUUCGCGUUGGUGCAUUCGGCUAUCCAAUUCCAGAUGCGACUCUUGCGAUCGUGGAUCCUGAAACUUGUCUCCUGUGCCCCGAGUACACCGUUGGCGAGAUCUGGGUCGAUUCUCCUUCACUCUCCGGCGGCUUCUGGGCGCUGCCGAAACACACGGAAACAAUCUUCCACGCUAGACCGUUCCGCUUCGUCGAAGGAAGCCCAACGCCCGUGCUAGUCGAGCCCGAGUUUCUUCGUACUGGCCUGCUGGGCUGCGUGAUUGAAGGGAAGAUCUUUGUGCUUGGCUUGUACGAAGAUCGAAUACGGCAGCGCGUAGAGUGGGUAGACGAGGUGGCAAUGAGAGAUGUCGAACACAGGUACUUCUUUGUGCAACACCUAGUAAAGACGAUCAUGAAGAACGUGCUCAAGAUAUAUGACUGCUCUGCAUUCGACUCACACGUUAAUGGCGAAUACUUGCCCAUUAUUCUUAUCGAGACACAGGCUGCGUCGACAGCGCCCACAAAUCCGGGCGGACCACCUCGACAGCUGGACAUACCUUUCCUGGACUCUUUAGCGGAACGCGUUAUGGAUGUGUUGUAUGCUGAGCAUUCGCUCCGCGUCUAUUGCGUGAUGAUCACUCUGCCCAAUGCACUUCCCCGCAUUGUAAAAAACGGACGACGGGAAAUAGGAAACAUGCUCUGCCGAAAGGAAUUUGACGCUGGCUCUUUAGCUUGCGUCCACGUCAAAUUUGGUAUUGAACGUGCGGUCCAGAAUUUACCUUAUGGCGAAGAUCCCGCAGGAGGCGUCUGGUCGCCACACGCCAGCCAAGCGCGCCAGGCACUCUUGUACGAGCAGGAAAAGCAAUAUUCAGGUGUCGACUAUCGCGAAGUUGUGAUAGACGAUCGCACGAGUACACCACUCAAUCAAUUUUCCAAUAUCCAGGACUUGUUGCAAUUGCGAGUUGCGCGACAAGCCGAGGAACUGGCCCUUUGCACCGUUGACGGCCGUGGCAGAGAAGGCAAGGGCGUCAAUUGGAAAAAGUUUGACCUGAAAGUCGCAUCUGUGGCGAUGUACUUGAAGAACAAGAUCAAGGUACAGCCAGGCGAUCACUUAGUGCUCAUGUACACGCACUCGGAGGAAUUCGUGUUCGCCGUCCAUGCGUGCUUUGUGGUUGGCGCAGUGGCCAUUCCAAUGGCACCGAUUGACCAAAACAGGCUGAACGAAGAUGCGCCAGCCUUGCUACACGUCAUUGCUGACUUUAGAGUCAAGGCCAUACUGGUCAACAAUGACGUCGACAACGUGCUCAAGCAAAAGCCAGUCAGUCAGCACUUGAAGCAGUCGGCGCUCGUGCUGAAGGUCAACUUACCCAAUCACUACAACACAAACAAACCGCCAAAGCAAAGUUCUGGUUGCAGAGACCUUGGACUCACAAUCCGCCCGCAAUGGGUGGCCAAAGGACACCCAGUAUUGAUCUGGGUUUACUGGACACCAGAUCAGCGGCGUGUCGCGGUGCAGUUGGGCCACAGCACCAUCAUGGCGCUUUGCAAGGUGCAGAAGGAGACUUGCCAAAUGACUUCUUCGCGACCUGUUCUGGGCUGCGUACGCUCCACCAUGGGCUUAGGCUUUAUACAUUCGGUACUCAUGGGUAUUUACCUCGCAACGCCGACUUAUUUGGUUUCUCCGGUGGAUUUCGCGACGAAUCCGAAUAUACUAUUCCAGACGCUAAGCAGGUACAAGAUCAAAGAUAGCUACGCCACAACGCAGAUGAUGGACCAUGCCAUGACGAUGGCAGCAGGCAAAGCAGCCGGGCUGCAUGAGCUUAAGAAUCUGAUGAUCAUCAGCGAAGGACGCGCUAAGGUCGACGUCUACCAGAAAGUUCGCCUACAUUUCGCCGGUGCUGGCCUCGACCGUACUGCAAUCAACACGGUGUACUCACAUGUGCUGAAUCCGAUGGUUGCGAGCAGAAGCUAUAUGUGUAUCGAGCCCAUUGAGCUUUGGCUCGAUCGAAAUGCGCUCCGUCGUGGUUUGAUCGUACCUGUCCACCCAGACACGGAUCCCACAGCCUUGUUGGUGCAGGAUUCAGGUAUGGUCCCUGUGAGCACCCAAAUAUGUAUUGUGAACCCAGAGACAAAUUGCCUUUGCCACGUUGGUGAGUUUGGUGAAGUCUGGGUUCAGAGUGAGGCAAACGUGGACGGAUUUUACGGAUCCAAGGACAUCUUCGACAAAGAGCGCUUCCAAGGACGGACGGUGGAUGGAGAUCCAAAUGUGAGGUACAUGAGAACUGGCGAUCUGGGCUUUCUACAUACUGUCAGCCGGCCGAUUGGACCAAGUGGCAGCCCUGUUGAGAUGCAGGUACUCUUCCUUUUGGGCAGCAUUGGAGAGACAUUCGAAGUCAAUGGUUUAUUGCACUUCCCUAUGGACAUUGAAGAGAGCGUCGAGAAAUGCCAUCGCAACAUUGUACCUUCUGGUUGCGCAAUAUUCCAAGCUGGCGGUCUCGUCGUCGUCCUGGUCGAAAUCUUCCGAAAGAACUUCCUGGCCAGCAUCGUUCCAGUCAUCGUCAACGCAAUCCUCAAUCAUCACCACCUGGUUGUCGAUAUCGUUGCCUUCGUAGGAAAAGGUGACUUCCCAAGGUCAAGGCUAGGAGAGAAACAACGGGGCAAGAUAUUGGCGGGAUGGGUUACCAGGAAACUCCUGACUAUAGCUCAAUUUUGCAUCCGAGAAGAGGAGGAUGAAGGACGAAUCGCACAGAUUGCCGAAGAAGGACAGAUCGCGUCGAGGAAGGGAGUGGGGAAUAGACAUAGCAAUACUGGGCUGCGGUCAGUGAGUGGUACAAUGAGCAUGACAAACGCCGCACCGCCCGCACGGAUGCCGAGCCAGGCGUCGGGUCAAGGACUUCAAACGUAUCAGCCUGAUCGGUCGAUGACGAACUUGCAUACCUUUAGCCAAACGAAUCUGAGCCCUGACUAUUACCAGCCAACAAGGCCAGGUAUCGAGCCUGAGAGGCCAAGUAGCAGUAAUCAUGCUGAGCUGCCUGCACCGUUGGAUAUCCCAGAACUUCCUUCUGGUAGCUUUACAUCCAAUGAUCAUGAAAGAACACCAACGAACCCAGAGAGGCAUUCUCAGGGAAAUGCAUCACACUUUGCGGGUGUAGAUCACGACGGCAAGGAAACGUUACGGCAUCCGCAGCUAGAGCUGGUCACGAAUCAGACACAAGAUUCAAACACAGUCGAUUACUCACCUAUCAACGCGAGUAAUAACCCAUUUGGAAACUCUCCUUCAUCUCAGGGUCAUCGGAGCGUUGAAAGAUCUCCCGUUGAUUAUGAAGGGUUGGCCUAUAACGAAGCAAGAGGAAGUUUCGACGACAUGCCUCCUGCACCGCAGAGCGCUGCAGCUACCGCCGCGACAGCGCUCGUCCGCGAUCCUCAUACGGGGGCGACAGUUGAACAGCUAGAUCCCACACAACGAGCAGCCACACCGGGAUAUUCUAUCAACAAAAAGCCUUACAUGCAGCUCGUUGACCGUAGCGGAUCUGUGACUACGACGACGACGACUACAAGUACAACCAUGUCGCAACAGCAAGACGCUGAUUGGUAUCGAACACCACCGUCAGUCAAUGCGGAUCCGGUCUAUCGGACCACCUCGCCUACGUCACGGAACAUGCUUCCGAGUCAGAUGCGCAGAUCGAGUCAACAGGCAGUAAGCAGGAGCCAGAUUGAUCUAACGACAGCUGGAAGUGGAAAUAUGCAAGAACCACCACUUCCUCCUAGAAAAGAAAGCGCAGAGUCGGACGAGGAAUGGAAGAAGGAUGCGCUUGGUUACCUUGGAUAUGCUGGCAUAGGUGGACAUUAUGGACGGUAAGAACAUAUUAUUACGAGCUAUGACGUGAACUCAUAGCGAGAGUUGUAUUGCUAUUAUAGAGAGCAUUGCCAGGAUCUCAUCUUACGGGAUGCUACAAAUGUCAUCAUCGUAGAAUUGUGCUCUGCGAUACGCUUGUAUCUAGUCGAUAGCAAUGGUAUGGCGCGACAAUAUGGAUACUCAAACAAAGCCGCCGCUGGGCUGCUUCACUCCAGGCAUCGUUACUUUUAAUGGGGAAUAAUCCUGCGGAAGCAUCUAUCAGAGGACCCAACGCAUCACCUGAAUCCUAAUAGAGGUUUGCACAGCAAUCGCUCAGAUAGAUCGUAUGAUAACCUCUCACGAUGCCUGGCGUGAUAUCUAC